UGGGGAAAAAAGAGCUAUGGGGAAGGCGAAGAGGACCCCGGCAGCUGCCGCGACGCGGAAAGGCCCCCAGUCCGGCGGGAGGAAGGCUCCCGCGCCGCCUCCGCCGGCCCCGAUCCCCUCUCCCCCCCGGGAUCGCGCCUCCUCCAAGGGCAAGGCGGCUCCGCCGGGCAAGGCGCCCCCCACCGCCGCCCCGGACGAGCUGUGCGCCCUGGCGCUGGGCGCGCAGAAGGAGCGCUGGCUGCAGUUCCAGAAGCGCCAGCGGGUGAGCUGCGAGGAGGCGGCCAGGCUCUUGCUGGACACCUUCGAGUACCAAGGGCUGGCGAAGCACACAGGGGGCUGUCACUGUGGGGCUGUACGCUUUGAGGUCUGGGCAUCGGCCGACCUCCACGUCUUUGACUGCAAUUGCAGCAUCUGUGUGAAGAAGCAAAACAAGCAUUUCAUCGUUCCUGCCUCGCACUUCAAGUUGCUGAAGGGCGCCGACAGCCUCGCCACUUACACCUUCAACACCCACUGCGCCCAGCACACCUUCUGCAAGACCUGCGGCGUCCAGAGCUUCUACACGCCCCGCUCCAACCCAGACGGCUACGGAAUAGCUCCGCACUGCCUGGACGAGGGGACAGUCAGCAGCGUCACCAUAGAAGCAAUCAAUGGCAAGGAGUGGGAGAAGGCUGUGAAGGGCCACCCCACCAUCAGGAGUAUGUCCAAAGAGUGACCUGGCCCGCCCGUU